AUGAGUGGAGUCAGGCAGGGGUUCACUUGUGUUACAUGUCGUCUGGUGUUUCCAAACUCCACAUUGCAAAAGGAACAUUAUGUCAGUGAAUGGCAUAGGUACAACGCGAAGAGAAAUGUGGUUGGAUUACCCCCAAUUACAGAAGAGCAGUUUGAAAGCAAAGUGAAGGACUUCACAAAGUUAUGUUACCCUUUAAAAGAUCACUGUUAUUGUUUAGGUGGCAGAGGAACAGAAAAAGGAGGAAAUUGAAAAGAACUACUGCAAGUAUUGCAAGAAGUUGUUUCAGUCCAAGAAUUCUUAUGACAAUCAUCUGCAAUCGAAAAGGCAUAAAACUAACUUUGAAAAUUAUGCUAUGCCAUCGGAAGAAAAGUUUACAAAAGAAAUCCCUGCACCUUCUGAAACCAUAUCUGUGGAUUCUACCCGUAAAUUUGUUGAUGGUGAGGAUCUAGACGACUGUGAAAGCAGUGGAGGGUGGGAAACUGCAAGCUCCGAAGAUGAGUAUGAGUAUGACGAGGAUAAGGUGAGUGAUUAAGAUUACUUUCACUAGGCGAAACCCCAACAACAAACUAUUUUUUUUUUUUUUUGACCCAUACUUUUUAAAGGUGGUUAUUGACUAUUUGUUAGGCAAUUCCAAAUUCGCGAUGUUUAUUCUGUCCGAAAGAGUCAGGCUCGGUGGAAGAUAAUCUCAGUCAUAUGUACGAAAGUCACGGUUUCUUCGUUCCUGAUGCCCAGUAUUGCACUGAUGUUUCUGGUUUAAUGAAAUAUCUGGGUUUGAAGGUCGGAGGUGGACUGUAUUGUAUUAAAUGCUCGAAGAGGUUCUCUGAUCUCCAUUCAGUUCAGCUCCAUAUGAAAGACAAAGUCCAUCUUUCCUUUUCAUUGGACGAUGAUCUCGUCAACUAUCUUGAUUUCUAUGAUUAUGGGUAAGAUUUUUUUAAACAAUAGUCAUAAAAAUUUUAGUGAAUUGUUGGGAGAAGGGGAUGACGACGGUGAUGAUGUGGCGCUUGAUCUUGGGUAUACACUUGUUCUGCCCUCCGGAGCAAAGCUUGGUCACCGAUCGUUGAUGAAGUACUUUAAGCAGAGAUUACGAAGCGAUGAGGAACAAAAGCGCCUUGCAAAUGCCCGGAUAGCUAUGAAGUCGAAAGUGGAGCAGAAAUCUUUGGGAUGGACUGGACUUUCCGGUAAUUAAAAACUUGUUAAAACGGAAACUUAUGGUAUAUUUCAUUUCUUACAGGACCAGUUGCCAUUCAGAGAGCCAGAGACUUUAAGUUCGUAAGGAGGGUAAUGCAGAAACAGUGGUUAUCCAAAGGAAUGCACUCCAACAAGUUAUUCAAAACAAGAGGACGCGACGAUCAGAUGUAA